GGACCCCCCGUGGGGUUGCGGGACGCGGUGGCGGGCAAAGGUGCUUGGGGUCUCGCCCGCCGGCGCCGAGGGCCUGGGUGCCACCUGCGAUGACUUGAGCGCGGCGGGAGGCAUUUGGUCAGGUUCACCUUGAGGGAUUGAGGGAUUUCGGAUGGAGUGGUAUAAUGGGGGCUCGGCAGGCAAGAGGAAGUGCGGUGUUCAGUGGCUUUAUCUCUGUUCUUUGCUUAGCUCCCAGUUUAGCGCACGGCGUUCCAAAUAAGUUGUGGAAUUGAAAUGGAUUCCAGGGCCAUGCCAUUCCCCUUCUCUCAUUCUCCUGGCUUCCCCCGCCCCUUGUCCUGGAAGGACGCCCUGCAGUGGGUGCUUCCUUGGAGCUUGGAGCAGCUGGCAGCGCUCUUGCCCGGGCUCCAAGGCACCUGGGCUCAGCUGUGGGUGUGAGGGGGUGGGAAGACCGUGUCAGGCUCGGGGCUUGGGGAUUCCGGCUUGAACGCGCGCCGGGAUGAGAACCUCUCCCUCCCCAGAGAGCCGUCCGAGGCGGUCUUCCAGCCGGGGCGGGGGAUUUGCCCGGCGCAGAAAUGUUGGAAAGCCCGCCCCGGCUAGGAACCCUCGCUUCCAUUCAUGUCUGUAUUUACCGGCCAGCGAUUUUCUUUUGAACCUGAGAGAUUCCAUUCCGGAGGAGACACAACUCCUGGAAACAGGCUCCUCCGCGUGCUCCCCCAGCGCCCACAGACGCACAACAUUCCCACAGCCUUUGCGAGCCUGACACCCGUCUCAGACAUCCCUGAGGAGCCUCCGGGCUGCUCCUUUUCAACCGAAAGACAGGGUCACCUCUCAGUUAAAGUCGCUCUUGGGUUUUCCGCAACUCACCUGAACUCCACCCGCCACCCCCCCCGGGCUUGCUGCUGCCACCUACUGUCCGACCUGAAUGAAAUUUCAAAUGCAUGCUCAGCCCAGUUUAAAGCGCGCGCGGGGGGAGGGAAUCUUUUCUUCUCCGUCGCUGGGGCUAAGAGCGGUUUGGGGGAAGAUAUGUCUGUGGGGCGGAGUGGGGGGGGGGCGGCAGAGAGAUUUUUCUAGCCGGGGCCAGGGCAGCCAGGCCUCAGAGGUGGGGUGGGUCUGGCCAUUGUGCAACCCCUUCCAGUUCCUCUGAGCAGAUAAUAGCUGAAUCCAGAUGGUGACAGCCCAUGUGUCACCGUUUCCAGUUGAGUCUAGGAUAUGAGUAACCGGACUAAACAAAAGGCCCUUAAAGAGACCAGCUAGUUUCUGAGAGGAGGUACUACCAUUUCCCUGGUAAAGGUGGGGGUGGGAGCUGCCCGCCCCCUCCCCGGGGCAGUGGGGGGGGAGGGGAGAUAAACAAAUGUAAAAACCAUGGAGAACAUCCCAUGUCCCUCCUGUGACAAUUUUAACUCAAGGCUGCUUAUACCUGAGUCAGACUGUAGGCAGGUUGUUUAAGGCUGUGUUGUCACAGUCUUUCUGCGAGUCAUCUGUUCCUUCUGACUAAUGACAGAUCUGCAUGUUACCCAGCCCCUGCUUCCCCUCGGAGGCUGCAGAGUCACCUCAUUCUGUGCUCUCUGUGCUGAGAGCUUUGGGUCUGCCGGAGGUCAUGCAUUUUCAGCUCCUGGAGAUCCCAGGGGAUGACCUUCUGUCAGCUGCUUCCAGCAGCCUCGCCUGCAAACAAGGAAGGGCCACAGAGGGUGUUUCCCAUUAAACACUACCAGGACAAAAUCAGGCCUUACAUCCAGCUGCCAUCACACAGGAACAUCACUGGCAUCGUGGAAGUGAUCCUUGGGGAAACCAAGGCCUACGUCUUCUUUGAGAAGGACUUUGGGGACAUGCACUCCUACGUGCGCAGCCGCAAGAGGCUGCGGGAAGAGGAGGCUGCCAGGCUCUUCAAGCAGAUUGUUUCCGCUGUUGCCCACUGCCACCAGUCGGCCAUCGUGCUUGGGGACCUGAAACUUAGGAAAUUCGUCUUCUCCACGGAGGAGAGAAGCCAGCUCAGACUGGAAAGUCUAGAAGACACACACAUAAUCAAGGGGGAAGACGAUGCUCUGUCAGACAAACAUGGCUGCCCGGCCUACGUGAGCCCUGAGAUUCUGAACACCACGGGGACCUACUCCGGAAAGGCGGCCGACGUUUGGAGCCUAGGGGUGAUGCUCUACACCCUUUUGGUGGGCCGCUACCCCUUCCAUGACUCAGACCCCAGUGCCCUCUUCUCCAAAAUCCGCCGUGGACAGUUCUGCAUUCCUGACCACAUUUCCCCCAAAGCUAGGUGCCUCAUUCGCAGCCUCCUGAGACGGGAGCCCUCCGAGAGACUCACUGCUCCUGAGAUCUUACUCCAUCCCUGGUUUGAGUCUGUCUUGCAACCUGGCUACGUCGACUCAGAAAUAGGAACUUCAGACCAGAUUGUCCCAGAAUACCGGGAGGACAGUGACAUUAGUUCCUUCUUCUGCUAAUCCCCAAACCUCAGAAACCUCAUAAUUCUCACACAUGGCAUUUCCAUUUCUAAAGAUGGACAGGCCUUUCGGCGUGCUGCCAGCCAGAUACGUGAUGGCAUAAAGAUGGUAGCUGCUGAACUCAACAUGGCACCCUCCUGUUGGUUGUGAUGCGUGACUGUACGGAUCUGAGGAGCACACGCUCUGAUCGGCUGCCCUGCAAAGUUGUUUGCCUUCUGAACGAUCCCUCGCCAACUGUCCCGCUGUCAGAUGUGGGGCGGUUCCUCGUCUCCUGAGGUGGCAAAGAAUAUGGAUAUCCUACAGCACGUGGUCAAGUGAAAGGAACGGGAACAUUGUAAAGGGAGAGGAAGUGAGUCGCACAGUGGCAUUUUGGGGCAAUAACCAUAUUUUAACAGGGUGACGAAUCAUUUGGGCCAAUAAACCUGCCAUCUUUGAACUUGUCUUUGGGAGCUAGACUGUCGCUACCCCAACUUCUCUAUUGGAAAGUUCUUUUUUGGGUUUGGUUUAACACACACCCUUUCUUCACACUCACAGUUACCAAUGACCCUGCUCCGUUGUGGGAGCAGACUGUUUGAGGAGAAUAGGAGCCUGCCCGAACCACGAACCCAGGCUCUCUCCUCCAUUUCCUGCCAAGACCUCAUUUGCACUAAUGCCUUCUUUCUGACCUUGAAACGUCCCCUUCUUUGCUAGAAAAGCACUUACCAGCUGACCGUGGAGAAGCAUCACAAAAGAUCUGAACUCCUGGCUAUUUCAGAACUCUGAGCUCAGACAGAGAGACUGCAGAUUUUGUAAAGUCAACUUGAGCACUUGGAAACUGUUAGCUUUGUUGGUUCCCCUCAAACGUUGUCAACAUUUAGCCUUUGUUCCCAAGACCAUCUCAGGGUGGAGCAUUUUGUCUAGCAGGAGAAAGAUAAGCAGAGGCUCUCCUUGCCUCUCCCAAGAGCAAAUGUUAAACAUCUUCGUGCUUUAGAGAAAGUGAAUUUUGGAUAGUCUUAGACGAUUCUCAGACCCACUUCCAGGAUUGUACUUUAACCCUUCAUGGAUAUGGUCUGCCUCUGGCAUUGUGCGUGCGUUUGGAGUUUUGCGUGAUGGGUUGUUCGUAUUUUAAAUUUGGUGUGGUUUACGAAUACGUCUCUGUAAUCAGCAUCUAGAGUGAAAUGGCCCCAAAACUUUAAAGUCAGAAGAGGCUUUAAAAGUUAAUCUCAUCCGACUUCUUUCCUCUUUCUGCCACCUCCCAAAGCAGAAAUCCUCCCCUGCCCCCCUCCCCCCGCCCGCCCUUCAGCUUCCCUCAGGUGGGGAAUCCAGCCUCUGUUUGAAUGCUUCCAGAGAUGGGAGCUCACUACCUACAAAAGCUAGAGCUUAACGGAGAAAACUGCAACUUGCAUUAAAAAAACAAGAACACACAAAAUAUCAGUAAAUGUCUCAGUACUGAAAUCAGGUGGUUAAACGGGUAAACCAAACAUACUGUAUUCUGAAAAAAUGGCACAAAACCAGGCAGUCAUCUUUAAGGGCUACGCCUAGGCAAACAAUUAACAUGCAUUGUGAGAAUGCUGUGUAUACCUCACGUACUGUGUACUUUGUACAUAUAUAUUUUACCUUUUAUACCUAUCGUCCAAUACGUUUUGUUGUUUUGGCUCUGAGGCUUGUUUUGUUGUCUGUGUCUGUCUGAAUAACCUGCGUGUCUAAAACCACGUGAAAUGUGAAUGAUUAUCGGCAAUAUUACCUUGACAGAAUCAUGGGACUCGGAGAAGAGAGAGGACGGAGCCUCUGUCGUACUAACGUGCUCGUGGUUGCUCGACUGUUGUAUCUGUGAUACAUUACCCGGCUGAGGACUCUGGGCUGGCUGGGGCUUCUGCCGGGAAAGCUCGAAACACUAGAUCCUUCCUGUACAUGUGUAUAUAUGUGAACAGUGAGACGACCGUUUCUGACUUGUAGAGAAAUUUUAAUAAAUCUGGUUUCGUAAAUA